AUGACAAACGAAGCAAAGACCGCCAGGCUAGAUGCCAAUCUGCUACAACAGUCUCUAACAACAAAUCCACGACCUCUACCUUCUUCAAGUUCCCUAGAGGUCAGAACACUCGAGUACCAUACUGAUCAUAUGAUCACUGUUUCCUGGAGUGUAUCUAUCGGCUGGUCUACCCCAUCACUCCAACCAUAUGGACCAAUUCCAAUCCUGCCGUCCGCAUCUGCAUUGAAUUACGCUACGGAAUGCUUCGAGGGGUUGAAAGUAUUUCGUGGUCAAGAUGGUCGGUUACGAUUAUUCAGAGCCAUCGAUAAUUGUGAAAGAAUGCGGAGCUCGGCUGCUCGUGUGGCAUUACCUGAUUUCGAGCCAAAGGAGCUUGAAAGAUUGAUCGUUGCUCUCUGUUCUCUCGAAGCGCCCAAAUGGUUACCGAAAGACGAUGGAGAGGCAGCCCUUUAUGUACGACCGGUCUUAAUGGGCACUGAUCCAGCUCUGGCCACUUUAAGACCUCGCUCGGCAAUCCUUCUCAUCUUCUUGACCGUCUUUCCCAAAGCCAUCGGCUCAAUCACAGGUCCAGAGCAACCACAGAAAGUGGCGACUCCACCGAGAAGAUCCAUGAAGUUGCUGGCYUCUGGGAAAGAACAAAGUCGUGCUUGGCCCGGAGGGUAUGGACAGCAUAAAUUGGGAGCUAACUAUGGAACGACGCUGGUGGUACAGGAGCAGACCAAGGCUCAGGGGUUCGAUCAGAUCCUCUGGCUUUUUGGAUCCGAAAGAUUCGUCACUGAAGCGGGAGCGAGCAACUUCUUCAUCGUGCUGCGUGCGGCAGACAAAACGUGGCAGCUCGUCACUGCACCCCUGGAAGGAGGUCUAAUCUUACCUGGGAUUACUCGAGCAAGUGUCCUGCAGCUGGCCAGAGAGAGACUACAGGAAACGGUCGGUGAUGGCGUGCGAAUCGAUGUCGUCGAAAGGGACUUCACCAUGAGUGAAGUCCUCGAGGCCCACGAGAAGGGGAACGUUGUUGAGGCGUUCGUAACAGGAACUGCGUUGUUUGUGACGCCAGUGGGCACAAUUCACUUCGAAGGAAGAGACGUCGAAAUUAACUGUGACCCCGUGGAUGGAGUGCUGUGUUCUCAGCUGGUCCGAGGCUGGCUGAUCGGCAUCAUGAACGGCAAGGAACCUCAUGAAUGGGCGCCGGUGGUUGAUGAAGUAUAG